AUGCCUGCUUCAUCCGCUGUCAAGGUCGCCGCUCUGGCCGUGGUGGGCUCUGUGUCGGCCGCUCAGAUGCUGGCUCCCACCAACGACAUCAACCUUCCAGCCAGCGAGACAGCUUCCGAGCCUCUCAAGUGGCUGGGUGCCAACAGCCCCUGGUUUGCUGGGCCCAACGUCUAUAACAUCUCCUCAGAGAUCCCAGAAAACUGCUACGUUGACCAGGCUGCAUAUGUGUCCCGCCAUGGCUCCCGCUUUCCAGACACUGGCGCCUACGCCGGAUGGGUCGAUAUGCAGGAGCGUUUCUCCUCCGGCAACUACACCCCGAGCGGCAGCCUGUCUUUUAUGAAGGACUGGCGGACCGUAUUGACCAACGUGGACCUGCAGAUCGCCAUGGAGUCCCCGACCGGUGCGAAGGAGGCGCACGACCUUGGCUACACCCUCCGCACGAGAUACCCUCAGCUCUACAACGAGGGCGAUGACUUCUAUGUGUGGUCGAACAACUACACCCGAGUGCUCCAGACUGCCCAGAUGUUUGUCCAGGGUUAUCUCGGCUUCACGUCCAGCACCUACGGCAAUGUUGUCUCUGUGACGUCGAAAGGAUACACUGGCAACAUUGGGAAUUCCCUCGGGCCGUCGGACCAGUGCCCUAAUUUCAACGACAACUCCGGCGGCGACUAUGCCACAGAAUGGGCAGACGUGUACAUCCCGCCUAUCAAGGAACGCCUGGAGAGCCUCAUCGACGGCAACUUCACAUUCGAGGACAACGACAUCUCCCAGAUCCCCUACCUCUGCGGGUUCGAGAGCCAGAUCACGGGCCGGCUGUCCCCGUGGUGCGGCGUCUUCACCGACGAUGAGCUGCAGCAGUACGAGUACUCCAACGACCUCCGUUACUACUACGGCCUCGGCCCGGGCACCGACCUCGAGCAGACGAUGAUGCUGCCGUACCUGAACGCCCUCGUCGGCCUCCUCGAGCAGGGCCCGGGCACCAACGGCAUCGCCCAGGACGGGGGCAGCUUCACGCUCCCCAGCCUGCUGGCGACCUUCAUCAACGACGGCCAGCUCGUCGAGCUCGUCACCGCCAGCGGCGUGUUCGACGACGAGCCCGCCCUGUCCGGCUCCGAGAUGGACCCCGACAGACUCUUCAUCGCCUCUCACUUCACCACCAUGCGGGGCACCAUCGCCUUCGAGAGGCUGAACUGCGCCGUUGAUGGCAGCCCCGGGAACAGCUCGUCCGGCGCGGCCUCGUCCGCCAACGCGACGUACGUGCGCAUCAGGCUGAACGACGCCGUCUAUACCCUGCCAUCCUGCCAGGACGGCCCGGGCCAGUCCUGCCUGCUGAGCGACUACGCCCAGCUCAUCUCGGACAAGGUCGCGGCGGCGGGCGACUGGGUGGAGAACUGCAACGUCACCGUUCCGGACGCGCCCACCACUGUGCAGGGCGCGACCUUCUACACGGACCUGACGAGCCCUUGGUUGCGGGAGCUGAACCCUGGUAAUGUCGUCCUUUCGAAUGCUUAG